AUGGCCACCACACUCAUCUCUGCCCUGACUCUCCUGAAACUCUGGCCAGCUGCUGGUGUCUUCCAUCAAAGCAGUGUCGAACACCAGAGUAGCCAUAUUGAAGAUCUCAACUCCAUUCAGACCAAGUUCUCUCUGCGGCGUGCGUGGAAACCAAACGAGGACUCGUGUUAUAUCAUCCCAGGGCAGGAGAGCUCACUGAGCAAGUGCAACUUCAACAGCACCAGCAAGACGAUCUUAAUUGUCCAUGGCUGGAGUGUGAGUGGAUUAUUUGAGAGCUGGAUUGAAAAAUUAGUUACCGCCCUGUACCACAGAGAGCCUGACGCCAAUGUCCUUGUUGUGGAUUGGCUCAAUCGUGCCCACCAGCAUUACCCAAUAGCAGCCCAGAAUACUAUGCUGGUUGGUCAAGACAUUCGUAAGCUGAUUGAUUGGCUGGAGAAUGUAAAACAGAUUCCUCUCGACAAGGUGCACCUGAUUGGAUACAGCCUUGGGGCUCAUGUGGCCGGCUUUGCAGGGAGUCACACAGCCAAUAAGAUUGGCCGGAUUACAGGCCUGGACCCGGCUGGGCCAGUAUUUGAAGGAACCCACGCUCAUGGACGGCUUUCUCCCGAUGAUGCCACUUUUGUCGAUGUUCUCCACACCUUCACCCGGGAAUCUCUGGGAAUCAGCAUCGGGAUCCGGCAACCGAUUGGACACGUUGACAUCUAUCCGAACGGAGGGAGUUUCCAGCCUGGUUGUGACUUGCAGAAGGCCGUGAACAACAUUGCCAUGUUUGGCAUCUUUGCGUUUUCGGAAGCUGUAAAGUGUGAACAUCAGCGAUCAAUCCACCUCUUCAUCGAUUCCCUGCUGUAUAAAGAACAGCCCUGCCAAGCCUAUCGCUGUAACAAUCACAAAUCCUUUAAGAAAGGCAUGUGCCUGAACUGCCGCAAGAAUCGCUGUAACACACUGGGCUACAACGUCAGGCGGGUCUCCAGUAAGAGGAGCACCAAGAUGUUCUUGAAGACCCGGGCCAACAUGCCUUUCCGAGUGUAUCAUUACCAGCUGAAGAUCCACUUCUCCAGCAAGGUCAAUGACUUUGACAUUGACCCCACCCUCUCUGUGUCUCUUCACGGGACUAAGAAUGACGUGAAGGAUCUUCCCAUUGAGAUUGUGGAGAUGUUUGCCCCCAACAAGACCCAUUCGUUCCUGGUGGUGACCGAGGUGGACGUGGGAGAUCUGUUGCUGAUGAAGUUUAAGUGGGAGACCGCGUUAACCUGGGGGUCGCUGUGGAAAAGGAUGCGGAGUUCCAUCACUUUUUACAAACUUUCGCUGUGGGCCCCUUCCGUCAUUUCCAACUUCGACAUCCACGUGGAAAGGAUCCGGGUGAAGUCUGGAGAAUCUCAAAAAAAGAUGACGUUCUGUUUGAAGGACCCGGCCGCUGGACUCUCCCCGUCCCAGGAGGUCACCUUGGUCAAAUGCCCAGCCAGAAUCAGGGCUGGCUCCACUGCGAGACCCCAUGGUGACAAUCACUGAGAGGCUGAUCCCUGGGGCAACCAACGUUGGUGACUGAACAUUGGUCCCUCAUAACAAGACUCACCCUUUAGGUUUUAUGUUUACUUUUUGAGGUGGUAUUUAUUUGUAUAUGUUGUAAAAGCCCUGUAAAUAUUCUGUACAGUAGUUUCAUAUGACUGUUGCCAACAUAAUGUAGAGAUUUUAUAUAUUAUGGUUUCCAAAGAUGCACAAUGUUGAGGGGGAAAAAAAAUGAAAGAACUGCAGAUGCUGAAGCAGAAAUUGCUGGAAAAGCUCGGCAGGUCUGUGGAGAGAAAUCAGAGCUAACAUUACAGGCCCUCAGAACAGUUCUGAGGAAGGGAUCCAAAACUUUAACUCUGCUUUCUGUCCACUGAUGCUGCCAGACCUGCUGAGUUUUUCCAGCAAUUUCUGUUUCUCUGGUAGUACAUUGAGACCAUGGUACAGUCUAUAGUACACUGUCCAUUCCCCCCCACCCCCCCACCAUGCCUGUUGUAAUGGUUGAGCCCUCAGCGCUCCCUUGAAAAUGCUCUUAAAGCCACAG